AUGGCGGUAGAAGAAUCCGAUGUCGGCCAACCCGGCUAUUCAGCAUCCAUAAACGAGAAAACCAAUACUGCCAGGCCAGUAGAGGGCAGUUCGAGCGACGAUGUCAGGUCCUUGAGAAAUUCACCGGAGGACGUGGAGUCAGUGAUUGAUCAAAGCCAGGACAAGGAUCUGACGAGAACCCCGACGAACAUGAGCCAUGUUGGUGCUUUCGCAGCUAGAACCCUGUCAAUUGUCCGCACCAGAGAAUCGGGAAAAGAUAUCGGCCCUCCUCCGGAUGGUGGUUUUCUUGCCUGGUCACAGGUAGCACUGGCACAUUUCGUCAUUUUCAACACCUGGGGGUAUAUUAACAGUUUUGGUGUCUUUCAGACGUAUUAUACUGAGACCUUGGGACGGUCUCCGUCAGAUAUUUCCUGGGUUGGGAGCAUCCAGAUUUUCCUGCUUUUCUUUAUUGGCACGUUCUCUGGUCGGGCAACCGAUGCUGGCUACUUCAAGGUCAUUCUGACAACGGGCGCAGUGCUGGAACUUUUCUGCAUUUUCAUGACUUCGCUGUGCACCAAAUACUGGCAAUUGUUUCUUGCGCAGGGGGUAGGACAAGGCAUUGGAUGCGGUCUGAUGUUUUGUCCCACCAUUGCGUUAACACCCACGUACUUUAGCAAGAACCGAUCUGUUGCCAUUGGAAUCGUGGCCUCAGGAUCUGCAACUGGAGGGCUUGUCUUUCCUGCUGUUGUUAUGCGCCUACUACCGCAGAUUGGAUAUGGAUGGACUAUGCGGACAUUGGGUUUCAUAUCACUAGCAACCCUGACACCCUGCUUAAUCUUCCUGAGACAACGACUGCCACCGCGCAAAAAUGGGCCGCUCGUUGAAUGGGCCGCUUUCAAAGAAUCAUCCUACUCAUUCUUCGCUAUCGGCAUGUUUCUCAACUUCUGGGGACUAUACAUUGGCUUUUUCUAUAUCGGAAGCUUCAGCCGCGAAAUCAUUGGUGUGUCGACGGAGACAUCGAUCUAUGUCCUUUUACUCAUGAAUGGUAUCGGCCUUUUAGGUCGUGUCAUUCCGAACUCCAUGGCCGAUCUGUAUACUGGCCCGCUGAACAUGUUGAUCCCCUUCAGCUUUGCUACAGGCCUGAUUGCCUUCUGUUGGGCAGGUGUGCACAGCAUUAGCGGGGUGUACGGUUUUGCCGCCUUCUACGGCCUUGCGGCAGCUGGAAUCCAGUCUCUCUUCCCGGCGACAUUGAGCACCCUCACAACCGACCUCAAAAAGAUGGGGGCGCGAAUGGGAAUGAUUAUGAGCGUAGUGGGAGUUGCGGCCCUAAUUGGGUCUCCUAUUGCCGGGGCGCUGGUCCAGCGAGGAGAUGGAGAUUACUUGUACGCUCAAAUGUUCAUGGGCACUGUGAUAAUAGCGGGGACACUGAACUUGAUUGCGGCUCGGACCGCUAAGUUGAGAGGGUUUGUUUGGGAGAGAGCAUAA